AUGAGUCCUAUAAGUUCGCUUCAAACCAAAUUAUCUCCAAGUCCUUCUUCUGGAAAAUACUCUUCCAUUGAGUCGGAAGAAGACACGACAUCGCCAACACAGUCACAGUUCUAUGGACUGAGAGGGAAGAUAGUUUCUCUCUCCGCAAUACUGAGCCCUGUCUUCCUGCUUCUUCUUGUCUUGAACCUACGCAUUUCUUCACAUUUAGAGAAUGAUUAUACGACCCGCACCAUUUUUGGUGACAUUCCAUGGACCAGACAGACUUUCGGUGGAAAUGAUAAUUUUCUUCAUGCUGAUCCGUACGAUGGCCAGGCUUGGACUCUCUACAAAAAUCAAAACUUUGAUCCUGAACGUCAGUCUACAGUUUGGGACGAUAUUUAUCCAAGCAAUUUCAUUGCGGUCGAAAAUCCACAGCAGUUUGGGUUCCAGGGUGGAGUGGAAUUAAGUGCUGAAGCACAGAAUUCGACCGAUUUUGUGGCUGGAAGUCAGGGAUUUGGGUUGGCUUUUUUGCAUCAGAUACACUGUGUUGGUGUCCUAAAACACUAUUUGUCCUACGUGAAUCGUAGUGAAAUGACGGCACAGCAGAACGUUCACACGGAUCAUUGCAUAGAAGUUUUAAGACAGCUUAUCUUGUGUAAAGCAGACUUGAGCGUGCAGCGUCCCAAGGGGCUUCCCUCUUCUACGAGGUGGCCUUCACAGCAACAGCAUAUUUGUCGUGAUGAAAGAGUUUUGAUGGAUGCGAUAUGGAGUCGUGCGAUUGUUAAAGCGGAUGGUGGGUGGAUACGGCGACGUAAAUAG